AUGAAGCGGUGGCUCGCCUGCGCGUGCUUAGCGCUCCUGACGUGCGCCCCAGUGGGGGGCCAGCGGAAUGCUGCGGCCGAGGACAGGGAAGUCGAUGAUUUCAUCCUGGGGAACACCGUCUUCUGGCUGUACCAUGAGAUGGGGCACGCGCUGGUGCGCAUGUUGGAGCUGCCGGUGGUGGGGCGGGAGGAGGACGCGGUGGACGGCUUCGGGGUAGUGAGGAUGAUAGCCAAGGGCUCGGGCAACGGCAGCGACGCGGCAUUGCUGGCGGCCGCGCGCGGCUGGCGCCUGUUCAACGACAUGGCCGAUGUGGAGAGUGUGUUUUGGGGCGUGCACAGCCUGGACCUGCAGCGCUACUAUGCGAUCGUCUGCCUGCUGGUGGGGAGCGACCCGGAGGGGUGGCGGCAGCUAGCGGUCGACGCCGGCGUGCCGGAAGAGAGGAUCGACGAGUGCCCGGGGGAGUACGAGCUGAUGCGGGGGGGAUGGGAGCGCCUGCUGGCGCCCCACGCGCCCACGGCGAGCGCGUCGGCGUCCAACGUGAGGUCCGGCCGUUCCGACGGAAUCAGGGUGACGUACGAUAGGCCAAGGAGGGAAGGGGACAGGCGGCUGCAAACUCUGAUCCAGGAUAGCGGGCUGGUGGAGGCGGCUGUCGACGACGUCCUGUCACUCGCGGAGCUGCCCGCGGUCCUCAGGGUGCGGUUUGGCGACUGCCAGCAGGACGGGUUCUUCGACCCGGUGGCGCUGGAGGUGCGGAUCUGCUACAGUCUGCUGGCCAUGUUCCGCUCGUUCGUCCGGAACGACGUAGCAGAUCGGUCCGAGGAUGGCGCCAGGGGCGAGACCGCCGUGUUCAUUCCGGGCCUGUCCUUCGACGAGGAGACGGUCGCGCUCUUCGUGCUGGGCAACACCGUGUUCGCGGUGUACCACGAGCUGGCCACGGCGCUCAUACACGACCUGGAUCUUCCCAUAGUCGUGGGGGAGUCCAACGCGGCGGACAGCUUCGCGGCGGUCCUCAUGAUUCCCGAGGGACCGGGCGAACCGCUGGCCGACGAGCUGGUGAUCGAGGCGGCCAACGGUUGGUACCUGACCGGGUUGGCGCUGGGGGAGAAGGGGGGCGAGGUGACGGCGUGGAGCGGCGAUGACGUCAACCUGCAGAGGUACUAUGACGUGAUUUGCCUGUUCGUGGGCAGCGACAGAAGGGGCCUCAUGACGUUUGAGAGGAAGGCCGGGCUGCCAAGGGACCGCGCCAGGUGGUGCGGGAGGGAUUACGAGAUGGCCGUGCUUGGCUGGCGGGAGCUGUUGAGGCCGCACGCGUCGUCAGGUGCGAGUGGACCGGGCGUGAUUGAUGUUGUGCACGAGGAGGCUUCUGGAGAGGGCAACAGGAACCUGAGGGACCUUGUGAGGGACAGCGGGGUGGUGGAGGCGGCGGCGGACAGUGUGUUGAGCUUGGUGGAUCUACCCAGAGACCUGCAAGUGGUAAUCAAGGACUGCGAGGGUGGCGACAGUGGUGACGAGACAUUCUUUGAUGUGGACGGAGGCAGGGUGGUCGUGUGUCACAGGUUUUUGGCCCGGUUGGAAGCGCUGAUAAGGGAGGAUAUUUCUCAAGGGAAGGGCCUGUGA